UGACUGGUGCCUCGCUGACGCUCACAGAGCAAAACCUUCCAUAGCCCGGGGGUGAGACUUGCAAAACUGUCCUUCACGGUCACCCCGGAAAGUAGGAGGCUUUUUCCGCAGACGCAAAAAAAAAAAAAAAAAAAAAAAAAAGGCCUUCCAUCCCCCUCAGGACUGGGUUUGAAUUGCUUUUCAUCUGGAGUGGCAGUGAUUCAGCGACCCCCUUCUCAGCAGCAGGCAGUGACAGAGACAGGAGACGAAAAACACAGCGAAUGAAUCAGACGUGGUAAGAUGCCAGAUACACUGGGAAAAUCUGAAGCAGGAUCUCAGAGGCUGAGUUAAUGGACAGGAAAGUGGCAUUUAGAGAGACAAGAGGCAGGCUGCCCACCCAGAAGCACCAUCUCACCCAUCAGGAAUAGCCCCCAAGUUAAGGAUCCCAGAGAUUCCACGCAAGCAGCGACAUGGAAAAGAAGCUGAUGCUACAGAGGGAUAUGAAUGCAGGAAGAGAUGGAAGAUGCCCACGACUGAGAAAGUCUCCGAAUUUAUCUUUGAAGCAAAGUUUUCUGCUCUGAUAAAGGUUCUCCAUUAGAUAAAAAACUGUGGAAUUCCACAAGGCUUGCAUUUCAGCUUAGGAAGCCAAGAGAGCCUUGAAUGCACUUGGGAGCAGAUCCCCCCCACCAAAAGCAUCUAGUUAAGAGCUCAGCCCAGCUGACGUUUUGACUUUGGCCUUGUGGGACCCUAAGCAGAGAACUCAGACUUUCAGCCUACAGAACCACAAGAUAGGCCCAUCCUUCAGGGGUGAGCUUUCCCGAGAGCCCUGUGGCUGAUCAACAGCUGACUCCUGGAGUCCUGCCCCGCCGGCUGACAACUGCAGGAAUCUUGGACCAGCUCUUGGACCAGAGAAUUGAGUUCCUUCCUCAAACGCGCGUUGACCCUCAUCAUAUUUCUGCCAGUAUCAGCAAGGCUAAGCAUAUUUCAUGAAACUCUGUUGAGCCUGGCAUUCUCUACAGAUGUCUCCAUGCCAGCAUUCUCCUGUUUAGCAGCACACAUCUUGUCAAUGAGUUGGCAUUUCUCCUCAAUCAAUGCAGCCAGCAUUUUUGCCAACUUCUCUUCAUGUCUCCCAUAAAGUCAACUUCUACAAGAUCGAGCAAGUCUGAAAGUACCUAAGAUCCCCACCAAAAAGCUGAUGACAGGCAGACUUGCCACUAUCUGCCCUUUUAGGUUCUGGAAAGUGAACCAUGAACUCAAGCCACUGGACAGCAGCAACACCACAACCUCACUCAGCUCCAAAGAAGAGCCCUAAGCCAAGCUCCACAGAGGACGGCAGCCCCUCGUGGCACUGAUCCACCACAGGGCUCUGCCCAGUUACCGUGGAUCCACCAGCCACAACAAGCCCCAGCUCCUCUCUGAAGAGACCAACAGGAACACAUUUAUCAGAGGAGCUGCCGUCUGAGCCCAGGAGGAGCCUAUCUAGAGGUCAUAUACUGUAAAUGCCCUUACGUGGAAUACUUGAAUGCUAGAGAAAAGAAAAGAGACUUCUCUUCCAGCCGAGAAGAAAGACAAACAAGCCAUUCAGGAAAUGUUGGCGGCUCUGCAGAGUGAAGUCCACCACCAGGAAGAUAAAAUGGAGAAUCAAGUACAAAUAGAAGACACACAUGACGGUCUCUCAACAACCCAGCGAUCUUUAGUGCAUUUCUUGUCAAGGUCUACAGAUUCAGACACCCCGGCACUGUCAUUGUCACAGUCAUUAUCCGAUGAAACAUCUGUCAGUUACUAUCCGUCUAGCCCUCAGGUUAGUGGAGUAACUAUAUCAACAGCUGGAUCAAAGUCUCCUAAAUCUUCUUUAGUGAGCCAUCCCCAGUCCAAAAACAAUUUGGGAGUCAACAAACUCAAAUUUCCAAGGAAAAAGUCUCUGCCAGUCCAUGCUUCUGAGCCAGCUGUAGUCGGGCAAGGGGAGGAUUAUUUCCUGUCUUUGUUUGGUGAUUCAAAGAAACUUACCUCUCACUCAUUCCACACCAAGAAAACUUGGAAGCACUUUUCUAUGAUUCUUGAGGAAGUGGGCCAGUCUAGAUCCAGUGCUCUUGGAGACAUUAAAAUAGCUGAAGUGAAUGUCAAGGGUUUAUUUGUGAAGCUCAUUAACUCUUCCUUUGACAAAGAACUGCAGAUUGGAAACCAUACUCUCCAACAAAAUGUAAACGGACAAGUAGUCUCCUUGUACCGAUUCCUUCCAAAUAUCAUAAUGCAGGCAAAUUCCACAGUAACAGUCUGGUCAGCAGCCUCUGAAGCAGAGCAUCAGCCACCAUCAGAUUUUCUUUGGAAAGAACAAAACAGGUUUAGGACAAGCCCAGAUUGUACAACGAUCCUGUGCAAACCUAACGGUGAAGCUGUUGCCUGGUACACUCCUAUUCACUGGAAGCAAGCGUGGGAGAAAUUAGAGACCGACAUUGAAUUUGACAGAAGCUCGAUAGUGAGUUCAACAUCUCGAAGGCACAUGUUUCAUUGGCCAGCAGCUCCAACAACUAUCGAAAAACAAGAUCAAUCUAAGACAGGUUCCUCCAAAUGUCAGGUGGAACAUGUUCAAGCUUUUCUUAAGAGAGAAAAAGAAAUCCCACCAACCCUUUUUCCCAAUCGCAGCCCUUGGUGCCACAGCCCUAAUGUCCCUGCCCAUCCCUACUGUCCUCUGAUUGAUCCUCACGACACCGGCAUGGCUGGACGCAGCUUAGACACACAGCCCAGGUCUCAGUCAGCCGGGCCCAGUCCAGCCCAGAGACCAAGAAAAAAUAAGACGUCUGAGUUACAAAAGUAAUAGGCAGUCAAUUCAACUUUUAAAGGACGAUAACAUCCGAGUCUAGAGAACCACACAAGGAUGCCUGACAUGACACAGCCUGCCUUCCACACAGGACGGGAAGCCGGCAGCAAAGGAGAACGUGGUUUCUCUUAGGAAAGAUCAUUCCUCGGGACUUUACUGUAACUAUCUCUUAAAGAAGGAGACGGAGUUUGUGGACAAGUUAAAACAUUUGUUUUUCUAGGCUGCUAAGAAGAAAAACAUUGUUCAAGAGCAAAACCAUCCCAGUUUUCAUUAAGUUUCUUAAGCACUGACUUCAGGCUUUUAUACCCUGCCCAGCUGUUAGGUCUGUCUACAACUUCUGCCGUUUCUGCAGAUGCGUUUUCCAAAAAGCACAUGUUUCAGGAAUUCUGAAUCACGUGGUGUGUCUGGUCUCUACACUUAGAAUCUGUCUCCUUAAAGCAGGCAUUAAUUUGCCUUCCUAAUAACUGGAAAUAAUAGAUGAAGUUUCUACAGAGUGGCUAGUUGGGGGGUUUUAAACCUGCCUACACUUAGCUCAGAUUCAGCCAAAAUCAUCUCCUCUUCCACCAUGUGAUACUCGGUACAAAAUCUCAUGGACAGGGAAUGCCAAGAAUGUUUUAAUUAAAUAAUCUGAUGAAGCUACCUUUCUAAAAAAACUCACUUAUUAUUCUUUAGCAAUCUUACUCUGUACCUAUCAAGAGUGUAGAAGUUGAAAACCUAAUGACUAUGUUCAUGUUUAAUGCUGACCCACUUUGCAGUCAGAAGGUAUGGUUGUUUCGGUCUCUGAGAACAAAUCCUGUCUAUGCCUUGUAGCCCAGCUUAAUUUCACUUAAUUUCUGUUUAUUUAUAUGACAUAUUCAGGGAGAUGGGGCAUAUACAGUCUUGGAAUGUGAGAAGGAGCAAGAAAAGUGAGGAUUUUCCCCCAUUAUACUCUGUUUGAAAAAUAAAGGAACGUAAAAUAACCCAAAAAUCCAUUAGUGGUCAACAUUGAGGUUUGUUUUAUUAUAUCCAAAUAUCAAGGGCCAAAAAUACUUUAUUUUUAAAAAGUCAUGUACCGAGGGACUCAAACAUAUACUUAUAUACCAACAUUUACAGCAACAUUAUUCAUAAUAGCCAAAAGGUGAAAACAUCCCAGGUGUCCAUCAAGAGAUGAAUGGACUUAUAAAAUCUCAUAUAUAUGCAUAACAAUAUUAUUCGUCCAUUAAAGAAAUAAAAUUCUAAUAUAUAGUUUAAGACGGAUAAAUCUUGAAAAUAUUAUGCUAAAUGAAAUAAGCCAGACUCAAAAGGACAAAUAUUCUGAUCCCAUUUGUCUGAGGCACGUAGACUAGGCAAUUUCACAGAAAUGGACAGCACAGUACAGUUUACCAGGGGCGAGGGGAAUGGGAGAAGGAGGAGUUGCUGUUCAGCAGGUACAGAGUCUCUGCUCAGGAUGAUGAAAAAGCUCCAGAAAUAGUGAUGACGGUUGCACAAUAUUGUGAAUCUACUUAAUGCCACUUAAAAACAGUUAAAAUGUGGGGGAGGGUAUAGCUCUGUGGUAGAGUGCGUGCUUAGCACGCAUGAGGUCCAGGGUUCAAUCUCUAGUACCUCCAUUAAAAAUAAAUAUAUAAAUCAAUAAAUAAGCCCCCCCAGAAAAAAAUGUUUAAAAAAUGGGGCUUGGGUAUAGCUCAGUGGUAGAGCACAUGCUUAGCAUGCACAAGGUCGUGGGUUAGAUGGCCAGUACCUCCAUUAAACAUAAAUAAAUAAAUAAAUAAAUAAAUAAAUAAAUAAAUAAAUAAAUAAAUAAAAUAAACAAACAAACAAAUAAACAAACCUAAUUACCGCCUUCCCCCCAAAAAACAAAACCAAAAAUAAUUUUUUUAAUAGUUAAAAUAAUAAACAAACAAAACUCUAAUAAUUCUGAUCAGUAUUUCCAAGAUGGAAAAAAAAAAGGCAUACGCCAGUCUAAAGCAUCUGAGAAGACUGACAUUGCUUGACAAAAUAAUUUGUCAUGUACUUUUUGGUUUGAUACAAAGAAGAUUCACAUGAACUCCUGCAUAAUGAUGCAGCAUAAAUAUUUUCUAGUCACCAGGCCACACCAAUCACAUUAUUUCCUCGAGCCUCUGGACACUCAGGAGUAGACGUGUACAUUUUCAGAUAACUGUCAGUGACACCUCCUGCCACUUUGAACCAUUAAGUGUGAUCUUCGAAUUACACGCUGGCUCGAUCGUGUAGGCUCUUCUGUCUGUUCCAUGUUACUAUAGAAACUGUGUCGUCAUGGUGCCGUCUGAGAGGGUACAAUAAAAGUUAACUUAUUCCGUGGCUCAUAA